AUGAAAUUCAGCUUGUCUGGUUUGACGCUGCUGGCGGCUGGUCGCCUGGCCGCUUCAGCGUCGGUGUUUUCGCUCGAUUCCGACGACGCGAUUAAAAAAUCAGCGAGCACGCUUGCCUGGGACAUGCUGCAGUAUUAUCACGGCAACGAGUCCGGAGGCACGCCCGGUAUCCUCCCCGGACCACCGCCGGCCGGCGACUAUUAUUGGUGGGAAGGCGGAGCAAUGUGGGGCACUCUCAUCCAGUACUGGGCUUUAACGGGCGACACGACUUACAAUGACGAGAUCAUGAAGGCCAUGCAAUUCCAAGUUGGUGAGGGCGAGGAUUACAUGCCGCGCAAUGUGACGGCGUCUCUGGGAAACGAUGACCAAGCAUUUUGGGGUAUGGCCGCCAUGUUGGCCGCGGAGAACAAGUUUCCCGACCCUCCGUCUGAUCGACCUGGUUGGCUUGGUCUUGCGCAGGCCGUGUUUAACACCCAGGCAAGCCCGCAGCGACAUGAUGAUACAUGUGGCGGAGGACUGAGAUGGCAGAUUCCAUUCACUAAUAAUGGAUAUGGAUACAAGAAUAGUAUCGCCAACGGCUGCUUCUUCAACAUGGGCGCCAGACUCGCCCGCUACACAGGAGACAAGAAAUAUUCCGACUGGGCAGAAAAGACGUGGGACUGGGUUGAGAAAAUCGGCUUCAUCGACCCCCAAACCUACGCCAUUUACGACGGGGCCAACGUCGACGAUCAGUGCAAGGACAUAAACAAAGUGCAAUACUCUUACAAUAAUGCUAUUUUCGCUGAAGGAGCAGCAUUCAUGUACAAUUUCACAAACGGCGACCAAAAAUGGAAAGACAGAGUCGACAAACUCAUCACCUACGGCCUCAAAACCUUCUUCCCCAAAGACGUCGCCGUAGAGAUAUCAUGCGAGCCCAACGACGGCUGCAAGACCGACAUGUUCACGUACAAGGGCUUCGUGCACCGCUGGUACGCCGUCACCACGCAGCUCGCGCCCUUCACCGCCGAGCGCAUCCUGCCGGUGCUGCAAAAGUCCGCGCAGGCGGCCGUCUCGCAGUGCACGGGCGGCACCAACGGCCGGCAGUGCGGUCUGAAGUGGGUGGACGGCACGUACGACGGCAAGACGGGCGCGGGACAGGAGAUGAGCGCCCUGGCGGCGGUGCAGAGCUUGUUGAUAGGCAAGGGGAAGCCGCCUGUGACGCAUACGUCCGGCGGGACGAGUAAGGGGAAUCCGGAUGGUGGUGCCGGCGACGGGUCGGUGAUGCCCAAGGAGAAGCCGGUGACGACGGGGGAUAAGGUUGGGGCGAGUAUUGUUACGAUUUUGUUGUUGGGGUUGGCGGUUGGUGUGUUUGGGUGGAUGAGCUUUGAGUUUGCGGGGGCGUGA